ACGUGCCCAUGUCUUUCCCAGAUCCGGAAUGGCUGACCAGCAGUUCUGCUUGCGGUGGAACCACCACCACACCACUCUGAUCAACGUGUUUGAGUCACUGCUCAAGGAUGAGAGCCUGGUGGAUGUGACACUGUAUGCCGAGGGCCGGCCAGUGCGUGCGCACAAGGUGGUCCUCUCUGCCUGCAGCCAGUAUUUCAGGGCGAUUUUCUCAGCACAUCAGGAAAACCACCCAGUCAUCAUCCUGAAGGAUGUUCCCUUCAGUGAACUCAGGGCUCUGGUGGACUACAUGUACAUAGGUGAAGUCAACGUUUGCCAAGACCAGCUGGCGUCGCUGAUCAAAACGGCCGAGUCGCUGAAAAUAAAAGGCCUGGCCGACGGCAGCAAUCGUAAGCCGCCGUCCUCGCCGCCGCCGGCGUUGCCGCUGCAGCUGCCGAUG